AUGGUCGGGCUGGCCGGCUCCAUGCAGCACUCUCGCGUCUGCUGCCACACCAGCGUUACCACCAGCAGCAGCAGUGCCGAGCAGACCGUCCAGUGCAGGCUGGCAGCGGACGUGGGCACGCUGCAGCGGCUGCCGAAGGUGAUUGGCAGCCGGAGUCUGGUGAACGAGCUGUGCCUGACGGCGCGCCGGCUCGGCUCGCAGGAGGCGCUCCAGUGCGGCCUCGUCAGCCGCGUGCUCAGCGACAGACACAGUCUACUGGCGGCGGCGAUCAGCCUGGCAGCCACCAUCGCGCAGAAGUCGCCGGUGGCGGUGCAGUCGACCAAGCAGAACCUGAUCUUCUCGCGCGACCACACGGUGCAGGAGGGCCUCGACCACAUGGUGGCCUGGAACGCGGCCAUGCUGCAGUCGGAGGACAUCAUGAAGGCGGCCACCGCCUCCAUGGACCGCAAGGCUCCCCCGGCCGAUUUCGCUAAGCUGUAGCGAUGCGGCGUUGUCGCAUUGGUGGCGUGGAAUGUUGGCGUAACGGCAUGGCGUACAACUCAAAUCCCCUCACACGUAAUUUUGCUGCGCUUAGCGUAGUUGUUUUCCAUGAGGCCGGCCUGUCCCACGUGGCUCCGUGUGAGAUAG